GUGGGCCCGGCCCCUUCCAUGGAGCCGCGGCCGCCGAGCGCCGCCCGGGCGGACGCCGCCAUGAGGCUCUGAGGGGCGGCUGCGUGCGGAGCGCCCGGCCGGUCCCAGCGCUGCCGAGCUCCCCGAGCCUCGCCGCGGGGCAGAGAAGCCCAACGCUGAGGCCGCCGCCGCUGCUGCUGCCGCCGCCGCGGGUCCGGCCGGGCGGGAGGGCGGCCCGGGGCCAUGUAAAGCGGCAGCGGCCGGGGGGAGCCGAGCCGAGCUCGGGCAGAGGAGCCGCCGCCGCCGCCGGCCGGGAAGGCCUCGCGGGGGGGAUCAUGGCGACGUCUAAUCUCCUAAAGAAUAAAGGUUCACUUCAGUUUGAAGACAAAUGGGAUUUCAUGCGCCCUAUCGUUCUGAAACUUCUUCGUCAGGAGUCUGUCACAAAACAGCAGUGGUUUGAUCUGUUUUCAGAUGUACAUGCAGUUUGCUUAUGGGAUGAUAAAGGUCCAGCAAAAAUCCACCAGGCUCUGAAGGAAGACAUCCUUGAUUUUAUUAAACAGGCACAAGCAAGAGUGCUGAGUCAUCAAGAUGAUACAGCUUUACUGAAGGCAUAUAUAGUGGAGUGGCGCAAGUUCUUCACGCAGUGUGAUAUUUUGCCCAAGCCAUUUUGUCAACUAGAGAUUACUUUAAUGGGCAAGCAGGGCAGCAACAAAAAGUCUAAUGUAGAAGACAGUAUUGUCCGAAAGCUCAUGCUAGAUACGUGGAAUGAAUCCAUAUUUUCCAAUAUAAAAAAUAGGCUUCAGGACAGUGCAAUGAAGCUAGUUCAUGCGGAAAGACUAGGAGAAGCUUUCGACUCUCAGCUCGUUAUUGGAGUUCGAGAAUCAUAUGUUAAUCUUUGUUCUAAUCCUGAAGAUAAACUUCAGAUAUAUCGGGAUAACUUUGAAAAGGCGUAUUUGGAUUCAACAGAGAGAUUUUAUAGAACACAGGCUCCUUCUUAUUUACAACAAAAUGGUGUACAGAAUUAUAUGAAAUAUGCAGAUGCUAAACUAAAAGAAGAGGAGAAAAGAGCACUACGAUAUUUAGAAACAAGACGUGAAUGUAACUCUGUAGAAGCACUAAUGGAGUGCUGCGUCAAUGCCCUGGUGACAUCUUUUAAAGAGACUAUUUUAGCUGAAUGCCAAGGCAUGAUCAAACGAAAUGAAACAGAAAAGUUGCAUUUAAUGUUUUCACUGAUGGAUAAAGUUCCGAAUGGCAUAGAACCUAUGCUAAAGGAUUUGGAAGAACAUAUUGUUAGUGCUGGACUGGCAGACAUGGUAGCAGCUGCUGAAACUAUUACUACUGAUUCUGAGAAAUACGUAGAGCAAUUGCUCACGCUAUUUAAUCGGUUUAGUAAGUUGGUUAAAGAAGCUUUUCAAGAUGAUCCAAGAUUUCUUACUGCAAGAGAUAAGGCAUACAAAGCAGUUGUGAAUGAUGCUACAAUAUUUAAACUUGAAUUGCCAUUGAAGCAAAAGGGUGUUGGAUUGAAAACACAGCCUGAAUCCAAAUGCCCUGAGCUUCUUGCUAAUUACUGUGACAUGUUGCUAAGAAAAACACCACUAAGCAAAAAACUAACCUCUGAAGAAAUUGAAGCAAAGCUUAAGGAAGUGCUUUUGGUACUUAAAUAUGUACAGAAUAAAGAUGUUUUCAUGCGAUAUCACAAAGCUCACUUAACAAGACGUCUGAUAUUGGAUAUAUCAGCUGAUAGUGAAAUUGAAGAGAAUAUGGUGGAAUGGCUCAGAGAAGUGGGAAUGCCAGCAGACUAUGUAAACAAGCUGGCCAGAAUGUUCCAGGAUAUCAAAGUGUCUGAAGACUUGAACCAGGCCUUCAAAGAAAUGCACAAAAAUAAUAAACUUGCUUUACCAGCUGACUCUGUGAACAUUAAAAUUUUAAAUGCUGGCGCCUGGUCUCGAAGUUCUGAAAAAGUGUUUGUCUCACUGCCCACGGAAUUAGAAGAUCUCAUCCCAGAAGUCGAAGAAUUUUAUAAAAAGAAUCACAGUGGUAGGAAACUCCAUUGGCACCACCUCAUGUCCAAUGGAAUUAUAACAUUUAAGAAUGAGGUUGGCCAGUAUGACUUGGAGGUAACAACAUUUCAGCUAGCUGUGCUGUUUGCAUGGAACCAAAGACCCAGAGAGAAGAUCAGCUUUGAAAAUCUGAAACUGGCGACUGAACUCCCUGAUGCAGAACUUAGGAGGACUUUAUGGUCUCUUGUAGCAUUUCCAAAGCUGAAACGUCAGGUUUUAUUAUAUGAACCUCAAGUCAAUUCACCCAAAGACUUUACAGAAGGAACCCUCUUCUCGGUGAACCAGGAGUUCAGUUUAAUAAAAAACGCUAAAGUUCAGAAAAGGGGCAAGAUAAAUUUGAUUGGUCGAUUGCAACUUACUACAGAGAGAAUGCGGGAAGAGGAAAAUGAAGGAAUAGUCCAGCUAAGAAUAUUACGAACCCAGGAGGCUAUCAUCCAAAUAAUGAAAAUGCGGAAGAAAAUUACUCAUGCCCAGCUUCAGACUGAACUGGUAGAAAUACUGAAAAAUAUGUUCUUGCCACAAAAGAAAAUGAUAAAAGAGCAAAUUGAAUGGCUUAUAGAGCACAAAUAUAUCAGAAGAGAUGAGUCAGAUAUCAACACCUUCAUAUAUAUGGCAUAAUUUGAGGACUCUGCAGGAUGCUGAGAACAUAAAUGGAAGGGUGCUUGGACAGACAGCUGCAACAGUUUGUGCUGCAGAAGGACUUGUUUUGACUUUUGUUACGUAUUAAAAUCCCUGCCUUACCUUAACUGAGGACUAUAUUUUGCCAAUCUCAUUCAGCUAGCAUGAUGGCAUUCCCUUCAUGUUGCACACUUCUAACAGCAUGCUGUUUUGUGGGAAAUUUGCAUUCAUGAAGAGCCCAUUGUGAACUUUUUAAAGUAGAUUUGAUUUACACCCACCAGGAAGAAUACAGGUUUGGGUUUUUAGAUGACCAGUACUUGCACAAGGAAAAAAUAUUCAAAUAUUCAUGCACUGAGGAACUGCUAUUAGUUUUGUUUUGGGUUUGUUUUUUUGUUUUGUUUGGUUUUGGUUUUCUGGGGUUUUUUUAAAUGCAAUUAGGACUAGAAGUAGCACUUUCACUUUUGUGUUUUGGAUCAACAAAGUAAUGUACUGUCCACCUUUGAUCCUUUUUAUGUAAUAACAUUUGAGACACACAAACACAUGCAUCACAACUGAUACGUAUUUGUUACAGUUAAAACCUAUUGGCUAGAGCAGUGCUUCAAUCUAGUAACUGGAUUUUAAUAAUUGACACAUUAAGUGACACAAAAGUAAUUCCAAGUCAUGGGUGAUAUUUUUCGCUAAGCAAGAGAUCAUUGUUUUUAAGUUGUUUCCUGUAAACGAGUGGAUAUGUGUUAUUUGUUACCUUAUUUGGACAGAUGAUUUGCUACAAUCCUUUUUGAGAAGGUAGAGGUUCCUUGAAUGAUACUUCACUCUAAAAGCAGUUUUCAUGGGAGGGUCUGCUAUACUGAACAGAAAUACUAAGUGUAUUUCCUUGUACAUUUAAUAUUUGUACUCCAAAUAUUUAGGUAUGACUACAUAUAUCUGGAUGCAUUAAAGAGUAAUUGAUGCACAACUCCCCCAGAAAGAGAAUAACACUUGAAGAUCCCUGUACUGUUUCCUCAGUGGUAACUUUUAUAUACAUGCAAGGUUAAUCCAAUUGGACUAGUCAACAUCUUUAUACAAAAAAAACGCUCUGCUUUUUAUUUUGUAACUGAUAGAGUAGGAAAUAUAAUUCUGAUGAAAAUGGUGAAAAGCUAAGGAAAAAUACCUUCUUUAGUGUAUGCGGAGAGAGUGCCAAAUACACAUCAGGAAUUUCAACUUCCUAAUGUUACCUCUUCUAUUUUGAAUCGUCUGAAGUAGUCGUUUGGCACUGCCUGCCUCUCUGCUAUUCUGAAAUGUCCCAGCAUGUACUGGACUGAUACCAUGAAUCACAGGAGCAGAGUGCCUGUCUUAAGACAAAAGGUAAGUUGCGCUUUACUCAGUUCUGUAUGAAUAUUUCUUGUAUAAAUCGCCAAUGUGCGAUUUUUUUUUUUUUUAAUUAACCAGUUAAUUGAUCUACAACAUCUAAAGGCCUCAUCUUCUUUGAUGAUGAAAGGGGGAAGAGGAUACAAUUAACUUUAGUCAAAAAAGAAAGCCUUCCAGUAAGUAAGAGGAGUUCUACUUCCACAUGGUUGCAGUAAAGUAUGCAGUAAGAGUGGUUUAAAAGCAAACUCUCCAAGAAUGGCUGUUUGCACCCUUAAACAGGCUACGUGCUCUAUUACUAAUGUAAAUGCCAGUGUGACUGACUGAGAACAGUAUGUACUUGGACAUCUGUUUGAGUAAGAAAUUUUCGGUAGUGAGGGUUUCAUGACCAAGAGACGGAGAGAAAUCAAGGCCUGGCCAAUUACAAUUGGUUGAAAUCCUACAGCUUGUGUUACAUGCUUUUAUUGAUACUCAAAAGUAGAUGCUCUUUAAAAAUAUUGCAUCUUUCAUGUUGGCCCUGUGGUGUUGCAAUUCAGAAUCAAAAGCAAGUGGUGCUCUGAGUAGUUAACCAAUGAAAUUAUUUGAACGUUAGAAAACAAAAUUCUAAUAAAAAACUUUGUGCUGCAAGACUUUCAGUCUUUGUAACUUAAAAGUAAUAAAUGCUUACUUGGGAUAAUUGGGGAAAACAUGACAGUCUGAGCACACUUCUCAACGAGAAAAAUUUCCACCCUUAACCAGAGAAGAACAGGUGUGGAAUUGUCACACAGAAAGAGCUGCAAAGGGGAUAAUGCUGAUUUUGAAGCCAUCGGUUUAGAUUUGAGAGAGAAGUUUAAGAGACUGCAUUUCAGGUGCAACUGUUUAGGAAGCUGGAGUGUAUGCAGAAAGCAACAGGUUGCUGAAAGCUAAGGAGCUACACGUUCCCUCAACUAAUAUAUACAAUACAACCUAAUUGUUACCUAAAUAAUUCUCAAAACCUGGGAUGCAGAAAUAGAAUUGGUAAUGUGCCUAUGACAUGGUCAUUUUUCUUUAAAUAUGUUCCAGAAAUGGAUGUCGGGUUUUUUAUUAAAUCUGAGACUCACACCAGCAAAUCUGUUAAAGAUGCAGAAUCACGUUUAGCGUCCUUCAUCAGGUCACUUUCACCAAUUUGCACUUAAAACUAGUAUCACUUGGGGCACAGGGAGAAACCUGGGGUAAACUGUUCUUUUGGGGAGGGUAGAAUUCAAAACUAUUCUUCACUUGCAAUAUUGCAACAAUGCACUUUUAAGGCUGCAAUUUUUAGCUAUGAA